AAGACCAAUUUGCCCCGCCUCCUUCUGACUCUGCUCUUCCAAGUUUUCAUCAGCACAGAGGAGAUGUCAGAGGAGGUCGAGACCUUCUGGGGGCGAUGCCGGGAGCAGCGCAGCCUUCCCCCCAACCCCAACAGGUUUGCAGUGCAGACCGUGAAAGCCCUGCUGCGCCAGCUGCUGGAUGAGGACGUGGUGAUGGUGAUCCAUCGCAAGUGUGGCUGGGACAUGCUCCUCAAGGCUGACACCCACCACUAUGCAGUGGGUCUGCUGGCCAGGGAGCUGUGCCGUGUCUCCCGCUCCUUCUGCCGCAGCGUCGCCGCCAACCUGCUCCCGCGGCUCAGCAGGGAAGAGCCCCUGUGGGAACUGCCUGCCCUGGCGUUCCUGAUUAUUUCAAGGCGCCUGCGGAGUGAGUGCCCCGAGAGGCGUCGCCUGGCGCUCCGAGGCCUGGUGGUGAUCAGCAAGGCUCCCGCACUG